CAAUACUUCAAACCGUACCUUAAUCAAAGGUCAGCGGUCCUGUUGGAAUUGGAGUCUAAGUCUAACCUUCGUUCCACCUCCUCCUUUAUUUUAUUAUAAGUAGAAGCAAGUUCACAUUUUGGCUCAAUUAUUCUUUCUAAUUUUCAUUCUCACUGCCACAUAAAUUUCUCCAAAUAUUCAUAUCAAUAAACAAAUUCAAGCAGUUUCUUUUAGACCUAAGCUCAAGAAUUUUUGAGUUUCCCUUUUGCUUCCGCAGAUUUUACCAGGUUGAUUUGUUAACAGAUACUAAGUGUUAAAAGUGUUCGGACAGGGAAUAAUUUAUGCUUAGAUCAGCUAAUGAUAGCCAUAUAGCAUGGAAUCACACCAUCUGUAUGAAUAUGGUGUGACUGGUGCGAAUUUAUCAUACUCUUACUCUAAGGCUACUACUCCUUCAUUGCCUAAUAGGCUGUUGGGAACAUUGAAAUUUGACUCGAGAAAUUCUCCAAACUCUCCAUUUGUAAACUAUUUUGAUCCUGAUACUCCUACCACACUAAGUGAUAGCCUGGAGCAGCACAGCUCUACUGAAAAUAUUUCAGGAACUAGUCCUUCUAGUAAUUCCUCACUGGAUUAUAAUCAUUAUUUCCAUCGCCCUAGCCCCUCUCCAAAUUUCCACCCAAACACUCUACUGGUUCGCUCUGGCGAAACUUCUUUACUGCAGUAUGCAAACCACAGUCAGAACAUGAAAAAUGCUCUGCUGCAAUUGGAAACUGCUUUAAUGGGGCCAGAGGAAGAAACCACAACAUCCAGUCCCUCGGCAGGGGAUAUUAAGCAGCCCCAAACAUCAGGUCAGAGGUCCUGGAUGUGGAACCAAGAAGACCAGAUUUCGCUUCGAUUUGAAACACAGCCGUCACAUGUCUCCGCCUUUGGCAUAUCAAGCAGUGGGAUUCACAGUGAGAAGCGGCACAAAGCAACGGAGGAUUUGUCAUUGCGGGGAAUUCCUUCUGGCAACCUAAAGCAGCUGCUUAUAGCAUGUGCCAGAGCUCUUGCCGAGAACAAAUUAGAUGAUUUUGGAUCACUGAUUGCGAAGGCAAGAAAUGCUAUUUCCAUUACUGGAGAUCCGAUUCAACGUCUCGGUGCUUACAUGGUAGAAGGGCUAGUAGCUCGAAAAGAAGCAUCCGGAACCAACAUUUACAGAGCUCUGAGGUGUAAGGAACCAGCUGGCAGGGACUUGCUUUCUUACAUGCAUAUCCUAUAUGAGAUAUGUCCUUAUCUAAAGUUUGGUUACAUGGCUGCAAAUGGUGCAAUAGCAGAAGCAUGCAGAAAUGAAGAUCGCAUUCACAUCAUAGAUUUCCAAAUUGCGCAAGGGACUCAGUGGAUGACUCUUCUUCAAGCUCUUGCUGCCAGGCCUAGCGGUGCCCCUCAUGUACGUAUUACUGGGAUUGAUGAUCCAGUUUCAAAAUAUGCCCGGGGAGAUGGAUUGGCAUUAGUGGGGAAACGGCUCACAGAUAUUUCUGAGAAAUUCAACAUUCCGGUUGAGUUUCAUGCAGUGCCAGUUUUCGCUCCUGAAGUCACCAGGGAUAUGCUUGACGUUAGGCCUGGCGAGGCUCUGGCAGUAAACUUCCCUUUGGUACUUCACCACACACCUGAUGAGAGUGUUGACGUGACUAACCCAAGGGACGAGCUUCUUAGGAUGGUAAAGUCGCUUUCUCCCAAGGUGGUCACUUUGGUGGAACAAGAAUCAAAUACAAACACAGCUCCUUUUUUCCCGCGAUUUUUAGAAGCUCUAGACUACUACUGUGCCAUGUUCGAGUCCAUAGACGUGACCCUAGAAAGGGACAGGAAGGAGCGGAUAAACGUGGAGCAGCAUUGUCUGGCUAGGGAUAUAGUUAACGUCAUAGCAUGCGAGGGCAAGGAAAGGGUGGAACGUCAUGAGUUAUUAGGCAAAUGGAAAUUGAGGUUCACAAUGGCAGGGUUCAGGCAAUAUCCUCUGAGCUCGUACGUGAAUUCAGUGAUAAAGAGGCUCUUGAGGUGCUACUCAGAGCAUUAUACGCUAGUGGAGAAAGAUGGCGCUAUGUUGUUGGGAUGGAAGGACAGGAAUCUUAUCUCAGCAUCUGCUUGGCACUGAGAAUGAAGCAAAUUUAUGUAAAGCAGAGGAAGAGCUAUUUCUAGCAAGUAACAGUUUGUAGUAACAUUAUGUGGGAAACAGAUGAAAUAGCCUUUCUGGCAUGUCAUGUGGUUUCAAUGUAGCGAUAGAUAAUUUCAUGUAUCACAAACUAUUGUUUAGAGUAGGUAUCUUUCAUUUUGUUCGUUGGCUUAUCCCUUAGUUUAGAAAUUUUCUUGCGGAAUCUUUAGGAAAUUAAUUUCAAGUAUUCACAAACUAUUGUGUUUAUAGAUAACUUUUCAUUUUGUUCAUUAG